AUGGUUUGGAGAAACCAGACCCUCAACUUGGACUUCAUCCUGUUAGGAAUCUUUGAUCACAGACCCACACACAUCUUCCUUUUCUCUCUGGUCUUGGGCAUCUUCACAGUGGCCUUCAUGGGAAACACUCUCAUGGUUCUCCUUAUCUACCUGGACACCCAGCUCCACACCCUUAUGUAUUUUCUCCUUAGUCAAUUGUCCCUCAAGGACCUCAUGCUGAUCUCUACUACUGUACCCAAGAUGGCCUUCAGCUACUUGUCUGGCAGGAAAUCCAUCUCUCUAGCAGGUUGUGGGAUCCAGAUAUUCUUCUAUGUUUCCCUACUUGGAGCCGAAUGCUUCCUGUUGGCUGUCAUGGCCUAUGAUCGCUAUGUGGCUAUAUGCCACCCCCUUCGAUAUACCAUCCUGAUGAAUCAGAACGCUAAAAUUUGUUGUCUCAUGGCUGUUUCUUCUUGGGUUGUUGGUGCUUCUGAUGGCAUAAUUAUUAUUGCAGUUGCAUUGUCCUUCCCAUAUUGUGGUUCCCGGGAAAUACCACACUUUUUCUGUGAUGUCCCUGCCCUUCUCACUCUCUCAUGCACUAACACAUUGUUAUUUGAAAGGUUAAUGUUUAUUUGCUGUGUAAUUAUGCUUCUUUUCCCUGUAGCAGUCAUUAUUGCUUCCUAUGUCCGUGUUAUUAUGGCUGUCAUUCACAUGGGAUCUGGAGAGGGUCGCCGCAAAGCUUUUGCUACCUGUUCUUCCCACCUCAUGGUGGUGGGAAUGUAUUAUGGAGCCGCCAUGUUCAUAUACAUGCGGCCUGUGUCUGAUCGAUCGCCUACCCAGGACAAGAUGGUAUCAGCCUUCUACACCAUCCUGACUCCCAUGCUGAAUCCCCUCAUCUACAGCCUCCGAAACAAAGAAGUGGCCAGAGCAUUCAUGAAGGUGUUAGGGAAGGGCAAGUCUGGAGAACAAAUUGCCUAA